GCGAUGGGUCGCAAGAAGAAGAAGAAGCUGAAACCGUGGUGCUGGUAUUGUAACAGAGAUUUUGAUGAUGAGAAGAUCCUUAUACAUCACCAAAAAGUAAAGCAUUUUAAAUGCCAUAUAUGUCAUAAGAAACUGUACACAGGAUAUGGCUUAUCUAUUCAUUGCAUGCAGGUGCAUAAAGAAACCAUAGUCACUGUACCAAAUGCAAUACCUGGGAGAAAAUACAUAGAUUUGGAAAUUUAUGGCAUGGAAGGUAUUCCCAAAGAAGAUAUGGAUGAAAGACGGCGACUUCUUGAACAGAAAACACAAGAGAGUCAAAAGACAAAGCAACAAGAUGAUUCUGAUGAAUAUGAUGAUGACAAAUCUGCAGGCUCAACUUCCUUUCAGCCACAGCCUGUUCAACCUCAGCAAGAUUAUGUCCCACCAAUGGCUGAGCCAGAACUCCAUCCAGUUCAAGGGCCACCAGGAAGAUCUCCAGGCAUACCUCCAUUGGUGCCAGGUGUUCUUCCCUUAAUGCCAGGCAUGCCUCCAGUUUUGCCAGGCAUGCUACCUGGGUUGCAUCAUCAGAUAAAAUACAUAAUGAUGCCAAUGGGUGAAAUGAUGCUACCUGGACCUGGAAUACCACCUCUGAUGCCUGAUAUGCCACCAGGUAUGCCCCCCCAGCCUGUUCCAUGUCCUGGAAUUCCUUCAAUGACUCAAGCACAGGCUGUUUCAGCACCUGGUAUUCUCAAUAGACCACAUGCACCAACAACAGCAGUACCUGCUCCACAGCCUCCAGUAACUAAGCCUCUUUUCCACAGUGCUGGUCAGGCUCAGGCAGCUGCCCAAGGACCUGCUGGUACAGGUUUCAAACUCUUAAAUAGUACUCUGGCAACAACUACAGAUCCCCCAGAGCCUACAUUCCCUGCUUAUACACAGGCUACAGCUUCAACCACUAAUACAACAAACAGUAUUGCAGCAAAACCAGCAGCUUCAAUAACUAGCAAGCCUCUUAUAGUUACAACCACCAGUGCAUCCAGUAAGUUGAUCCAUCCAGAUGAGGAUAUAUCACUCAAAGAAAGAAGGGCACAGUUACCUAAAGAUCAGUGUAAUCUUCCUCAACCAGGAGAGACUCUAAUUGGUAACCCACCAGUUGGACCAAUGUGGGGUAUGAUGCUACCACAGCCAGGCAUCCCACAGCAGCUUGCAAUGAGACCUCCAAUGCCACCUCAUGGUCCAUAUGGUAUGUCAUGUUACCUUCCUGGCGCUAUGCCACCAUAUGGACAGAGACCACCAAUGGUGCCCCCUUACCAAGGUGGCCCUCCUCGACCUCCAAUGGGAAUGAGACCUCCUGUAAUGUCGCAAGGUGGCUGUUACAUAUCUUUCUUCAAGUCUAAUAGGUUUGGAGAUUAA